GCUCCUGUCGUCACAUGUGAGCCGUGUCUGUGAGCUCAUUCCUGUCAGCCCAGUGCAGUGAGCAGGGAGACACUGCUGCUCCCUCAUCUCCUCUCUGGUCCAUCUGAGGGGGUCUCACACGCUCUAACAGCCCAGCAGGAGACAUCAAAUCUGGGCAGGAGCCUUACCACCCCUUUCUGUCUGCUGGAUCCCCUGGGCCAGGCACCGCGUGCUGAGGGCGUGUGUGUGAGAGAAGAGCCAAGUUGUUCACACAGACAGCAGGAAUACGAGCCGAUAGGGAGGAGGAGAGACAGCAUCCAUCUACCACAUCAGAACAAGAGGAGAGAGGGAAGAAAGGAGGAAGGAAAGAGUGGUAGAAUAAGAGACUGAUUGCUGCUGCUGCAGACGGAGGCAUGGAGGAGAGGUGUGUGUCAGCCAUGUGUGUGUGGAGCUGAGGCGUCAGUCACUGGCGCCGACAGACGGACGGUCGGAGGGAAGGAGGACUGGAAUGUGGAUGCUGCCUGCCUGUCAGAGAGAAAUAAUGCUGUGAGCUGGGGCUUUAGCAGGCAGAUCUCUCUGUCUCUGUGUCUCUGUCUCUCUUUCUCUCCUCCCUGCAUACAGAGGAAAGAAACAUUAGCUGCUAGCUCCAUCUCUCCGCUGCUCUGCUCAGCCGACGCUCUAUCUCUCUCUCACUCUCCUCUCGCAUCCCUUCAUCUCUCUGCUCCAACCACAGUCUCCCUGGAGAUUAUCUCACACUGGAUGUUGCAGUCAGACACUGCUCUGCUCGCUGAAUAGCAUCGGCUUGCACUAGUAAUUUACUAAUCAGAGCAAUGCGUCUGGUCCUGUGGAGAGCCAGUGGAUUUCACAGUGAUUCCCGUCCCCAACUCGGAUGUAUAGAGUUGGAGUUUUGACACGAGCUCAUCUAAGCAGGCCUGUCAGAGUUGUGUGUCUGCCUGGGGGUUGACGCUCCCUCCAACGUCCCCCCUCCCCCCUCCUCCACCACCACAACCAACACCACCGCUGGCUCCUCCACCGCUGGCUCCUCAGCCCGAGCAGAGCCGCUCCACUGCAUCUUUAAUAGACAUCUCUCAAAACAUUGCCUUCCAUGGUUUCUGCCCUACUCCAGACCCUAUCAUCUUACAUCGUGAAGAUUUGCAAAGGAAUGUUUACAAAGAAAUUGGCGAAUCCCACAAAGAAGAAAGAGAGUAGCGACAAUAAAGAGCCCAAAUUGACCACCACUGAUUUGCGUGACCAACGUAACCUGACGCCGACACUCUCCACCACUCUGAAAACCACAGUGAAAAAAAUCAGCAAAUGCUCUUCGGCGCGUAACAUCUCUCUUGAAUCGGAUGACGGCAAAAACGACUGCUCAUCUCUCUCCCCGACUUUCAGUUACCGUGUAGCGAUAGCGAACGGACUCCCGAAAAACGCUCUUCUGCUGAACAAUAAUGAGAGUAUCUUCCAGGAGAUCCUCUCCAUCAAUAGUGAAUACUCUGACUCCCUGAUUGAGGCCAAACCUGUGCGUAGAUUCGAUGAGCAGAAAUCUCACACCAUGCCAGUGAGACGGAACAGGAAGAGCCUCAUUAGUCUGGCGCCCUCCGAUGGCAGCUCCGAGGGCGAGAGGGUGGAGCGCUCCAGUCUGCACACUCUCCGGCUCGGCGCGCUACGCAAGCUGAGGAAAUGGAAAAAGAGUCAGGAGUGUGUGUCUUCGGACUCCGAGGUGAGCAACUGGAGGAAGACCCUGGGUAUCCGGAGCAAGUCCCUAGACCGGGCUGGGCGGCAGCAGAAGUCGACCUCGGUCUUAGAAGCCGGGUCCAGCUCUACAGGCUGCAUCAACCAGACGCAGGAUGUGAUGGAGAUGAUAUUUAAGGAGCUGCAGGGCAUCAGCCAGAUCGAGACAGAGCUUUCGGAGCUCAGGGGACACGUCAACGCCCUGAAGAACUCCAUCGACGAGAUCUCCUCCAGCGUGGAGGUGGUGCAGACUGAGAUCGAGCAACUGCGUACCGGCUUCGUCCAGUCCCGGAGAGAGACGCGGGACAUCCACGACUACAUCAAGCAGGUCAGCCACCAGGCCAACAAGGCCAGCCUGAGGUUCAUAAACGUUCCUGAAGAGAAGCUGGAGAAAACUGAGAGUCUCAUCUACCACAUUCUAAAGGACAAAAUGGGAUUUGCUGAAGCACAUAAAACCCUUAAAAUAGAGCUAGCCCAUCGGUUAGGGCAACAAAGAGAAUGUUCCAAUGCGAAACCUAGGCCUAUUAUUGUAAUAUUCUCAACCCCCUCAGAUAGAGAUUUAGUUUUGAAAAAAUGCUACAAACUGAAGGGGACUGGUAUAUCUGUAUCCACUGAUAGCUUAACGACUCAUGACGUGAAGGAAAGGAAAGAUAAAGAAGCCAUGUCCUCCUCUCAAACCUAUGAGAGCAUGGACAUUAAGGUCUCAGCCAAGGACAAAGCUGAGAGUGAUGACUGGGACUCUAUGGACAGUGACAAGGAGCUAGACGAACUAAACAGGAACAAAUAUGCAAUGGUGGUGUCUAAGCCUGUCCACAAACAUAAAGCAGAUAAAAAGAGGCAUGGUCACCAUGAGCACGGUAGCCGGUCUGCGGACGAGGCAGGCUACUCUGCCUCAGUUCACUAUGCUGACGACUCCUAUGAUGAGUCUGACAAAGCCUCCAAGCCCUACUAUGGUGACCUCACCCCCGGCUGGCUCUCUCAAAGCGACUACUCCACCCCCAAGCUCAGCCGCUCCGAGUCUGACUGCUCCAAGCUCUGCCAGUCCUACUCUGAAGACUUCUCAGAGAGCCAGUACUUCAGCCGGCCCAACGGUGGCUCUCUGCUAUCCUCCUCAGACCAGGAGCUGUGGCAGAGGAAGCAGGAGGAUAUGGCGUCAUCGUGGUACGCCAGCCAGACCCUCAGCCAGGAGAACCCUCCGUACGCCGAGCCCAACGAGGCCGAGACCACCGAGACCAUCGACAGUGGGGUGAGCAACGGGCUGGUCUGCAUGUCUGGGGAUAGGAGCCAUUACAGCGGCUCACAGCUGUCUCUGCAGGGAGACCUCUCCCCUUGGAAGGACUGGCCUCACCUGGAGCAGGGAGCAGACUCUGGGCUGGACGCUUCCACAGAGCAGAACCUGGUGUCCGAGGUCAGCAGCCCCUUCGACCCAGCCGCCAUCCCUGGCUUCCCGGAGAACAUCACCAAGUGUCAGGAGGUGGACCUGGCAUUUGAAGGGGAGGAGACUUUCAUGUUGGAUAUGGUGGAAAGCACCCUGUUGGACAUCGCCCCACUGGAGGUCACCCGACUGGAGAGUGCCCGGCUGGGUAUUGCUCCUCCCACUACUCUCUAUACAGCCCCUAUCGUAGAGAAAGAACCUGUUGUAACACCACCUGUCCAUAAGCCUAAAUCUAAAGAGACUGCCAAAAUGCUUUCUAAAGAAACUUCUAAAGCAGCUCCUAAAGCUAAAACACCUCCUAAAGAGAUUGCUAAAGCUAUUCCUAAAGAGGUUGCUAAAACUAUUCCUAAAGAGGUUGCUAAAACUAUUCCUAAAGAGGUUGCAAAAAUUAUUCCUAAAGAGGUAGCCAAAACUAUUCCUAAAGAGGUUGCAAAAAUUAGUCCUAAAGAGGUUGCCAAAACACCUAAAGAGGUUGCUAAAACUAUUCCUAAAGAGGUUUCUAACACUAUUUAUAAAGAGACUUCUAAACCGGCAAAAGAGGUUGCUAAAUCAAUUGCUGAAGAGGCUGCUAAAACUAUUAAACAAAGAGAAACAGCCAAAAUGAUUCCUAAAGAGACUGUUAAAACACCUCCUAAAGAAAUUGUUAAAGCUAUUCAUGCAGAGGCUCCUAAAACACCUCCGAAAGACACUCCCAAAACAAGCCCAAAAGAAACUCCCAAAACAAGUCCGAAAGAGGCUGUGAAAACACUUCCCAAAGACACUCCCAAAACAAGUCCAAAAGAGGCUGUGAAAACACUUCCCAAAGACACUCCCAAAACAAGUCCAAAAGAGGUUGUGAAAACACCUCCCAAAGACACUCCUAAAACUAUUCCAAAAGAGACACCUAAAAUGGUUCCUAAAGGGGCAUCUAACACGCUUCCUAAAAUGGCGGUUAAAGAAGCCCCUGAACUAUCCACCCAAACAUUCCCUGAGCUUGACGUCAAACACAGCUUCCAACCGAGCCAGACCAAGUCAGCCACCAUGUACCGCAGCCAGAGCGAGAUCCGGUCCGAGAAAGUCGUAGAGGAGGUGCCCAAGUCUUGGAGCAGCCGCCUCAGCAUCGACCUCACCGACAAAGCUCCGUCCUUCAGCUUUGGGUUCGGUUCCACCCUGAAGAAGGCCAAAUCAGCCCUGGAGGUGGUGUGGAAGUCAGGCCCCGCACCUAGUGCCGCUCCCCCGGAGCCACCCGCAGACUCAGGCUCCUUCAUGGGCCGCUUCCGCACACUGUCCACCUCCACGGCCAACGACUCCAGCACCACCAUUGACUCGGACGUCUACACAGAUUCCUUCAUCUACAAGGCUGAUGACGAGGAUGAGGCUGCCGCUGGGGACCAGCUGGAGGACAACGAGACCGCCUAUGUUGGGGUGAUGGAGCAGGUCCUGGCCAACCUGGAGAACCGGUCCAACGCCAACGACACAGAAGAGACAGAGGAGUUUGAGGAGCCCAUACCAGAUUAUGAUCCUGAUGCCUCUCAGGAUUAUGUCUCUGAAGAAUACGAGGCUACGACCCAGGAUUACGAGGUCUCUGAGGACGUUGAUGCCACGCAGGAGGCUGCAGUCGUUCUGGAGUAUGACUGUAGUCUGGACGAGCAGUACGACGAGGAGUACAGUGAGGAUUACAUUGAUGAUGCCAUGACGGGGGACACAGCAGAGGACACAGCAGAGUAUGAGGCCAUGGUGGAGUAUGUCGAGGUGGAGGAGCCUGACGAGGAGGAGGAAGAGGAGUUAAUGGAGGAAAUGGAAGAGGGGGAUGAGAUGGAGGAGGCCUCCGAAACGUCUGUGUCGGAGAGGACGGAAAACCUAGAGGAUGAGAACAAAAACAUUACGGAGAAGGAGGAGAAGCCUGCAGAGGCUCCACCCAAAAAGCGCAUCCGUCCUACCUUUAAGGAGGCUGCACUGAGGGCCUACAGGAAGCAGAUGGAUGAGCUGCAGCAGCAGAUCCUGGCUGGAGAAAAACCUCCACCACACAACAAGCCUCUCAAUGUGCUGGAUCCCAAAGUACUGGGCCUACAGGCUGUCGGAGGAGCUGGCUGCAUUCUUUAUGGCAUUGACAGCAUGCCAGAUUUACGCCGCAAGAGGACCGUACCUAUUGUCCGAGACCUGGCUAUGACUCUCGCUGCUCGAAAGGCAGGCAUCUCGUUCGCCCUGGUGACUAGAUCGACCCUGAACAAUGAGGACCUGAAACUGCACGUGUUUAGGAAGACGUUACAGGCGUUGAUCUAUCCCAUCUCGUCUACGACGCCUCAUAACUUUGAGGUGUGGACGGCCACCGCCCCGACCUACUGCCAUGAGUGUGAGGGCCUGCUGUGGGGCAUCGCCAGGCAGGGCAUGCGCUGCUCCGAGUGUGGUGUCAAAUGCCACGAGAAGUGUCAGGAUCUACUCAACGCCGACUGUCUACAGAGGGCGGUGGAGAAGAGUUCUAAGCACGGCGCUGAGGACAAGACCCUGAACAUCAUCAUGGCCAUGAAGGAGAGGAUGAAGAUCAGGGAGAAGAACCGGCCUGAGGUGUUUGAGGUCAUCCAGGAGAUGUUUGGGAUCUCUAAAGAGGACUUUACUGGACACCUGAAGACCGCCAAGCAAGCAGUGCUGGAGGGAACCUCCAAGUGGUCUGCCAAGAUCAACAUCACAGUGAUGUGUGCCCAAGGUCUGCAGGCCAAGGAUAAGACAGGUUCCAGUGACCCCUACGUGACUGUCCAGGUAGGGAAGACCAAACGGCGGACCAAGACCAUCUUUGGGAACCUCAACCCUGUCUGGGAUGAGAAGUUCUUCUUUGAGUGUCACAACGCUACAGACCGGAUCAAGGUGCGUGUGUGGGAUGAGGAUGAUGACAUCAAGUCUCGCAUGAAGCAACACUUCAAACGAGAGUCGGACGAUUUCUUGGGUCAGACCAUCAUCGAGGUCCGCAUGCUCAGCGGGGAGAUGGAUGUGUGGUACAACCUGGAUAAGAGAACUGAUAAGUCGAUGGUGUCGGGAGCCAUCAGAUUGAAGCUCAACGUAGAGAUGAAGGGAGAGGAGAAAGUAGCACCGCCCCACGGCCAAUACACCUGUUUACAUGAGAACCUGUUCCACCACCUGACGGAGGUAAAGAACAGUGGAGCGGUGAAGAUCCCAGAGGUGAAAGGAGAUGAGGCGUGGAAGGUCUACUAUGAUGACGUGUCCCAGGAGAUAGUGGACGAGUUCGCCAUGAGAUAUGGAGUAGAGUCCAUCUACCAGGCCAUGACGCAUUUCUCCUGUCUAUCCUCUAAGUACAUGUGUCCGGGGGUUCCGGCGGUGAUGAGUAAUCUGCUAGCCAACAUCAACGCCUACUUUGCCCACACCACCACCGUCUCAACCAACAUCUCUGCCUCUGACCGCUUCGCUGCAUCCAACUUUGGGAGGGAGAAAUUUGUCAAACUUCUAGAUCAGCUGCACAACUCUCUGAGGAUUGACCUGUCCAAGUACCGGGAUAAUUUCCCAGCUGGUAACCCAGAGCGUCUCCAGGACCUGAAGUCUACUGUGGACCUUCUCACCAGCAUCACCUUCUUCAGGAUGAAGGUACAGGAGCUACAGAGUCCUCCCAGAGCCAGUAUGGUGGUGAAGGACUGUGUCAGAGCAUGUCUGGACUCAACAUACAAAUACAUCUUUGACAACUGUCAUGAACUCUACAACCAGCUGCUAGACCAGGCCCGUAAGCAGGAACUUCCCCGGGAGGAGCAGGGUCCGUCUAUAAAGAACCUGGACUUCUGGCCCAAGCUCAUCACUCUCAUGGUGUCUGUGAUCGACGAGGACCGCACCGCCUACACCCCCGUCAUCAACCAAUUUCCCCAAGAGCUGAAUAUGGGGAAGGUCAGUGCUGAGUUCAUAUGGAACCUGUUUGCCCUGGACAUGAAAUACGCCAUGGAAG